AUGGCAAACUUUAGCGGCUGGAUGCAGCAUCUCAUCGACAGGACGCCACCGCCUUCCGGGAACGGGACGAAGGAAUAUGCGGCACAAUUCCUGUGGGAUCUGAAGGAAAAACCAGGAACGGAAACCAUGACCGAUCCCUCAAACAGAUGGAUGAAUAUGGCUCACAAGGGAGGAUCAGUGAUGAGAGGAACCGAUAAAAUAGCGCGGAUGAUAUGUACGGGGAUUGAGAUUUGGAUGAACAGUUUAAAAGUCGUCCACGAGAGGACCGAAUGGGAGGAGGAAGAUUGCGGAGCAAGACAAGUUGGAUUAAGAGGGUCUUUAGCGGGAGGCACGAAAUGUAACACCACAGGCGAUGGAAUAACGUGGAACAAUAUAACGGGAGUAUCCGAGCUGAGGGCAGAGAAUCCACUACAAAGGAGUUUAAUGGCCUGCAUGGAUAUAGUUUCAAUAAUCUGGACGGUGUAUAAUAAUAUCGAGGCAGAGAAGGAUGGCCUGAAAUACCACGGCGAGGAUGUAUGUCAGGUAUUGGAGGAUUGGUUUGCAGAAUGGGGGGGGAAGCACGUUGGAGAAGAAGUAAUGGAAUUCUGGUAUUCUCAAAGCAAAGAAUUAACGUUGGCGGGGACGGGCAAAAUAAAACUAAAACAAACCGCAGAUAGAUUCUGGAGCGGAAUAUUCGGGCACAAAUUGAUGAAGAUAUGGGGAUUGCAGUGUGGCAAAGGACCGGACAACCCCAAGAGGAAUUUCGUCUGUGUCUAUGAGGACGAAAAGGGAGCAUGUGACGUGAGAGGAGACAACAACUGGGAGGAUUUUCAGGUAGGCCGACAUGAACAAAUAGGAGAGAGACGUCCAGACCAGGAUAGAGGCAACAGCUCCAAGGCAAAGGAUCUGUACAGAGCCAAAACUGGUCCACAAACAAGUGAAGCUCCAGGGAAUCAACGAAAGAGAAAGAACACGGGACGUGAGCCUCCAGGGGGGAAGAGGGCCCUCUCGGCAAAAAUCCAGGAGCAAGAGCAGUUGAGGACAGAAUUGGAGAAGAAGAUGCACCAAAAGUACAGUGAACAUGCUGGAGUGACUAUGAGAGGGGAGGAUUCCACCGCAGCAGAAAUAGCCAAGCCCAUAGCAGGGAAAUCCAAGAGCAAAAUCUGGUCAAACCCCCUGAGUCUGGGGAGAGCAAUCAUUAUACGAAGCAAUGAACAAGAACCUCAAGAACCAGCAAAGAGAAGACAGACAGGGACCAAUAAGGGAAGACUCCGUCGGAGGAAAAAAACAACCCAAAUAAUCUCCGUUAGGGAAAAUUAG